AUGGGAAAAAGAUCUUCUGAGGUGGUUGAAGAUGGUGAUCAAGCAUACCAGAAGCGCCAGAGGAUAUCCAAUGUCACCAAGACUACUUCUACCUCUGUUGAUAUACAGUCUGCAAGGCAAUUGAAGCAGACCCUAGCUUUUGAUCAAGACGCUGGUCGUUCAAAACAUGGCAUACAAUCUUUGAAAGCAUUUCUCGACAGCUUCUCUGUAGCAGACGCCGAUAACUCAGCCCGAAUUAUCGUUCUCAAAGAGUACCUCGAUUCGCAACAACCCGCCGACGAUGAGGACAAAACUGACGUCUUUCUGUCUGAUAUCAUGCAGACAUGGAGCUUUGCAUCCCAGGCCAACGAUGAAUCCCUUCUCUCUGCCGUUCCGGCUGUAUUGGCCUUACUUUUGAGGACUUUAUCUAAUAUACUGGAGAUGGCCGAGCAUGGUUUGAGGUUAGGUAGAACGAUACUUCAGAAACGUCAACUGGAGCUGAUUGCUCGAGGUCUCACUUCGAAUAAGAGCAAGGAACACGUAAUUUCCCCGGUUCUGCGACUCCUCCGAGAACUGUCGACUUACGAUGGAGGAGCUUUAGCGAAGCAGGUUUUCCGGUCAAGAGACCACACUUUCAAAACCCUGGCACGAAAUCUCAGUCUGAAAUACACAGGCGAGGCAGUUGAAGAUCGCAGGAAACCUUCCGUGCGGACCAAUGCGCUUCGAUUCGUUCUGUCUAUCAUAAAGUUCCUUCCCACGGAAGCGAAACGAGAGCUGCUCAAUCAAAGGGACGUUGUUAUGGGCUUAACAAGAGACAUCAGAGACGACCCUCCAUUUGUGAUCCGUGAUAUUCUAGAGACUUUGAAAACAAGUGUCUUACAGGAUGAUGCUCUGCCCCGAGAUGCCAAAUCUAAAAUAGUGAAUGCAACUUCUCUCGGACGAAUAGCGGCGCUGUAUGUAUAUGACCAAGAGGAUGAAGAAACCAGCAAAGGGAAGAAAGCAGUCCACGAGAUUGCACAUGAUUUUCUUAUGCUCGCAUGCACAUCUCCAAGUCUAGGAGUUCUCAAUCGUCAAAAUGGGUUCUAUCCCAGGGGAAUCGAUGCCGAUGAGGGGCAUGAUGCUGAUACGGACAUUGGCCACAUUGACCUAGGACUCGAUAGUAUUGAGUGGAUGGAACGCUUCACAGAAAAGGUUCCAGUCCGCAAUACCAUACUAUCUGAGUUUAUACAAAAUCUUCGGCCUUGGUCGAGCUUAAGACAAAGCGAGCUAUUACUGUGUAUUCUCGAAUCUGCCCCUGAGCUUGUGGCAAGUUACUUUUUCACCAAGAAGUCAUUUUCACUUGAUCCCAAGCUUACCGCGACGUGGAUUGGAUACUCCGCUUUUGUAUUCUCUACUCUACAGCUUCCGAUCCCUCAAUAUUUCGGGCACCAAGAGCGGUAUGCGAGACUACCGCCACCUUCUUCUAUUGUGUUGGAGAGUAUAUUACCUCAACCGCUGACCCAGAAGGUAUUCACACGUUGCCUGAACCAACAACAUAAUCUCAUUGCCUUUUUCGCCAUACGCAUCCUUUCUAUUGCUUUCCAUAAAAUGCGGGAAAUGUUGAAAAUGUAUCAAGAAGCUGCCAUAGCCUCAUCUUCAAUAUGGUCCCAGGCUGCUGAGAGGUUGACAGAUGAAUUCUGUCAGCGUGUUCCUUCGAUCAAGGAUGUGAUUAACACAUUUCGAAAGCUGUCUGAUACGGAAUUGAUGCAACGAGAAGCAGUCACUAAGUUGUUAGUUCUGUAUUAUGAAGUGGUUCCACGGGUUGCAUUGGACGCCAAAUUUGACGUAUCUGAAACCCUCACGAAAGCCUUACAAGCUGUCGAGAUCGCCGGGCUAUCUAAAGAGGAUCGCGCGUUUCACAUUAUGGAAUUGGAAAACCUUUUCCAAUUUUCCCAUUUUUCGCCCGGCAUGCGAUGGUUCGUAAAGGUUGAAGGACUUUCAGUUUCUCCAUUCAUGGCUAUGCUGAAGUUGUCCGCGGAAGCACCCUCUGGUGUGCCCUUGCUCAAGCUGAGAUCCGUCCUUAGCUCAGUUGUCCAAGAAAAUCAAAUCUUCCAGACUGAGACUACAGUCUCGGCUCUCGACAUAUUCAUCGCGAGACUCAAAGAAAUCGAGGGUACACCUAACGAGAGAGCAAUCCAUGAAUUCCUAGAUGACUGUAUCUCAAGAUGUGCUGCGAAGCCAAUUAAGUACAUAUUUUCGCUCGAGGAACUCACAUCAAAACCCCGCGACGCUGAAAAGGAAUCAUCUGCUGUAAGCUUGCUAAUACUUGCUGUUGCCGAACAAUGGCCAUUUCUUGUCAAGUCUGGAACCGAUAUUCUCAAAGAUGUCGCUGAUUUCGUCGCACGAUUUCUAGCGGCAUUCAUAAAGAUUGGCGAGGACAAAAAGACGAUAAAAUUGAUCACUAAAAACAUGGUCGAUGGGACGCCAGAGGACUCACCGGCUCGAAAGAUUUUGGACAAAUCUCGGAAAUUGGUCGAUGAGAUAGAGAUUCCGCUGCCAACGGAAUUAGCUGCUGAUGGGCUCAAUGCCAAAAACACAGAGGACGGGAUUUCAGCAACAGAAAUAGACGAAGUAAAUGACACAAUGCUAGAGAGACUGCCCGAGGAAGAUCAUGGCGCGUUGAUCAAGUGGGCGACGAAGGAUGUUGAGGAAGUUAUUGAAGGCGGUCAUGCUGCAGCACUAAUCAUGCUUCUAUCCUCAGAACAUUUCAGUGUUCGCAAGGAGGCAUUGACCAACAUAUCGAAAAUUGGAGCCAAACUGAAGGAAUCUCCAUUUGAAGAAAAAGACCAAAUUUGGCUCCUUCUUUGCGAACUAGUGGAGACAUCGAAGAAGGUUACCGAUAGAGAGCCACUGCCCACCAUUAUUUCAUCUUUUGCAUCGCAUUCCGUGGCUGUCUUGUGCGAUCCCCUCCAUAGUCUCUAUCCUAAAAUCAACAAGUUUCUUUCUCAAGGGCCAACAUGGCAAGUCGAUAAGAUACCCUUGAUGUAUAAGGUUCUUGACGAGUCGCCCAGUCUCGAUGAUAACCACUACUUGGAGGUCUCUUGGCUUCUUGAUGUUAUACUUGUUGGUCUUCGAACGCCAACGGAUAUGGGAAUAUUCCGAAAACGCAGAGUGUUUGAAAAGUUAUUCUCGUUAUAUAACAAUCCAUAUCUCGCACAUGGACUGCAAGAAAAAAUCCUCAAAUUAUUGUUUCGUGCAACAACAAUCGAAGGAGGAAGUACUACACUUAUCACCAGAUUCAGUAGCAUGACAUGGUUGGAGGUACAAGUUGCUUUGGGUGGAGGUACGCCCUUGAAGGUAUUACUGCAAAGGAUUGUCGACUCAAGCGAUAAGCAGAGAAUCGAAGGCUGGAAGAAGGGGGAGAAGGCGCAAGGGACUGAAUUAUCAUAA